AUGGCCGCCGCCGCCGGCGGAAGCGUCCAACAAGGGUGGUCCGACCUCCCGGACGAGCUACUCGACGCAGUAUACCUUAGGUGCUCAUCGGCGUAUGACCAUGACCGCUUCAGGGCGGUCUGCAGGUCCUGGCGCGCCGUCGCGUCAUGGCACCCUGCGCUGCCCGCCCUCCCGCUGCUCCUCCCCUUCACCGGUGAUGCUGACUACGACCAGGAGACGCGAGCGUACAGCCCCGAGGAUGGCAGGGCCUUGCGCGUCCCACUCCUCUCGUUCCCGAGAGGCACUAGGCUCGUCGGAGGCCACGAGGGUGGCUGGGUCGUCGGCGAGACGCUCGGAUCCGGGAUCUCGAUCAUCAACCCCUUCUCUAGUGCGGCGGUGCCUCUCUCCGAGAAAAAGAGGACUAUUUUCUGUAGAUGCAUAAGCCCGAGGCCAUUCGCUGCCACCCCCAUUAAAAAGGUCGUCUCCGCUAAAAAAAUCAUCUUCUCCAAGGAACCUUCCUCGACCGGCUGCAUUCUCGCUGCGAUGAUCACGCUGUACAUCGCCUUCUGCAAUGGAAGGCUGCAUGGCCUUACACAGAAUCAAAUUCUCAUAAUUGACAUGAACUCAUACAAAGAUGACACCCCGGAGGUCACCAGUGUCUACCAUCAAACCGUCUCAAUGACCGUGUUGCAAUUCUUCGAGCUCGAUGCGAUUUCUAUCUUCAAAUACAUCUUCGAGUUGCAUGGCAAACCGGUGAUUGCGGUCAAGGUCGGACCAACAAGCGGCUAUUCUAAAGAUCUAUUUUUCAGGGUGUUCGAGCUCUACAACCUGAAAGAGGUGACAAGCCUGGGAGACUAUGCCUUGUUCUUGGGGCCAACAGGCUGCAAGGCGGUGCACAUGCCGGGCACGGGCAGGCGUGGCGGGGUGGAGAGAAACCGCAUCUACUAUUCCGAGGGACAUUUGCCGUUCUAUGAUGAUGUGGAGAGCUUACCGAGAACACCGUUUUCAUUCGUGCUGAUGUUGAACCUAAACAAUUUGCCGGACAUAAGGGCAUAG